CCAAUCGACCACUCCGUCGGUCCUCCAUGAACUCCGCCGAGACGACGGGGGUCCUACCCCACACUCCCCAUUUCUCCUCACUUCCCCACACGGACCGGGGCCGGGAGCCUCGGCUCACCCGGAUUUGCGGGGCCACUAGCUCCCGGCAGGCAUCGCCGAAUCCGUCCUGUGUUAAAGAUUAUAAAAGGUCGAGGGGGUCUUAAACUGGGACUAAUCGAAACAUCUUAACCGCCUAUUGAAAACCCCCUCGAAAUCCUCACCUCAUUAUUUCCUAACGUUCCGUCACAAUGCCCGGCCAACCACCCCUAACGGGCAUCAAAGUCCUCGAAUUCGCCGGCCUCGCCCCAGGCCCCUUCGCCGGCCUCCUCCUCGCCGACGCGGGCGCCACCGUCCUGCGCAUCGACCGCCCCCCCAGCCCCUCCAACACCACCCCACCCCCGCCGGCCGCCGACCUCCUCACGCGCCACAAGCGCUCCCUGCCCAUCGACCUGGCCCACCCGCAGGGGCGCGCCCUCGUCCUCGCGCUCGCCCGCCAAGCCGACGUGCUCAUCGACCCCUACCGCCCCGGCGUUUUGGAGAGGCUGCGCCUCGGGCCGGACGUGCUGUGCGCGGUUAAUCCAAGGCUGGUGUAUGCGCGUCUGACGGGGUUUAGGAGGGGGGGGAGAGGGGGUGGUGGUGGUGGUGGUGGUGAUGGUGGGGGGAGGGGGCAGGUGGUGGAGGUGAAUAUGGUGGAUGGGACGGCGUAUCUGGCGAGCUUUGCGCGCUUUGCGGGGCGCACGCCGGUCUGGGACCGCCCGCGCGGGGAGAAUUUGCUGGAUUCGGGGUGUCCGUGGUAUGAGUGCUAUGAGACGGCUGAUGGGCGGUGGAUGGCGGUCGGGGCGCUGGAGCCGCGGUUUUUUGGGGAGUUGGUUAAGGGGUUGGGGCUGGAGGGUCAGGGGUGGGAGAAGAGGCGGUAUGAUCGGGCGGAGUGGCCGGAGCUGAGGCGGGUUUUGGAGGGGGUGUUUAAGAGCAGGACGAGGGCGGAGUGGGAGGCGGUGUUUGAGGGGACGGAUGCGUGCUGUACGCCCGUGUAUGAGUAUGGUGAGAUGGAGGAGGAUAUGGUGGGCAAGGAGGGCGACCAGAGGCCGGCGGUUACGCUGCGUGACACGCCGUUGUUGGCGGUGAGGAGGGAUGCCGAGGAUGCCAGCCACGGGCAGGGGCCGGGCGUGGAGGGGGAGGGCUAUGUUGGGCAGGUUCUUGAGCCCGGGCAGGGAGGAGAGGAGACGUUGAAGGAGUGGAUGGGCUGGUCGCGGGGGUGA